GCUGUCUGGUGUUAGGGCAAAAACCAAAACAUGCAACCUUUGGCGUCCCCAGGACUGAGUUUAGGAAACGCUGGAUUAAGCUGUCUAAGAGAUCAGUGAAGUCUGACUUGACACAACUUAACGCAUUGAUCUCCCACCCAUCUCUUUGUGGGUGGGGCGUCCAGGGGUGAGAGUAGGUAAUACCUGGGAUCCACCUCCCACCUGACACACUGCUACAGAAGACAGAGAAGGGUCCUGCCAGUCUCCCCCCUGAACACCUGGAGGCCUGGUGCUAAAUGUGGAGGACCCCGAGUAUCACCUGUUCAUCUGAAGAUCUACAAGAGGAGAGUGUUUGAUGAUGAAGCUCCACCUUGUUUCUCCUUCUACCUGAGGCGAACAAGUUCACCAGAAAACUGGAUGCCACAAGUGGAGGAAACUCACAACUUGCUGCUCCGAUUCCUUAUCCAUCCAUUUGUCUUAAGAGUCUCUCUCUCUGUUCACACCAUCACCAUGAGUGCUGUCUUCUCCCACCCCUUCGUAGACCAGCGGCCCACCUACCUAAACAGAGGCAGCAGCCUGCCGUAUGGUCUGUCUCCCUCUAGUGGCUACUCUGAAAACCGCCCAAACACCCACUCCAACCGCCUCCACUCUGGCUCUGACCCUCUGGCCCACACAGUGCCCUUCCUCCUCUACCCCACCACAAUGGACCCUGGAGGCCUCUAUGAAGCCUCGUUCCGGGGCCCUGGAGGCCCCAAUCUCCUCCCCUACCUGUCCCCAUUCCACCACGGGCACUUUGGAGUGUACGAGUGCCCCUUCGAGCCAGCGUUCAUCCAGAAGCGUAACGAGCGGGAGCGUCAGAGGGUGAAGUGUGUGAACCAGGGCUAUGCCAAGCUGAGGGACCACCUGCCCGGGGGUGUCAGUGAGAAGAGGCUCAGUAAAGUGGAGACACUGAGGGCAGCAAUUAAUUAUAUUAAAUACCUGCAGGGGCUGUUGGAGGGGCAGGGGAAGGGCAGAGAUGGGUAUGAGGGGGGACAGGUGUGCCACAGCCCCAGUUCUGUCCACUGUAGGACGGAGGACUCGGACCACAGCAAUGGGGGGUCACCUCACUCUCUCUCAGACUCCUCCUCUUCCUCCGCAGGGAUAGACUGUGAGGAGUCAGCGGGCUCUGGGACCUAGAUGAUUGUGGGUAGUAUAAUUUGUGAGCGAGACUGUGGAUAGACCUUUGUGGAUUGAGGUAGGACUUCCCUCUCUCCAAGGACUGCUCACGAAAACAUCAAACCCUGAGCACGAAGACAUAUAAUUUAAGACUUUUCCAGUAGAUACUAUGUAAUGUAUUGGCAAUGUGUCUUGUUUUUUUUGCCACAAAUGUUUUACCAAACUACUUUCAGAUGCUGAUUAUGUUAAAGAGGAUGUCAUGAACACUUUAGAUUUGAAGAUAAACAUCUGAAACUCAGAAAGCAAUCCCAGCUAGCACAUAACAUUCUGAGAACAGCUCUACGUUUUUAGAGCUUGGUGAGACCGUGGAUGUCCUAUGGUUAUUUUGCACACAGUCUUCCAUCAACUCUUUGGGAAUGGUGCAUAGUUGUUUGGCUUUGGAAUAGUCUCCGCUCAUUUCAGGAACCUGAUUAAAACAAAAUCUUACUAUUUCAUUACAUUAAAAGAAAGUUUCCGAAAUGGUCAAACAGGGUUACAUUUCAUUUCAAUUUGGGUAAUUAUCUUGGAAUGUUCUCUAACUGGUUCGACGUUGGGAAUGUUCUCAACUAGUUCAGAGACUGUUAAGAAACAAUGUUCUUCUGUGGGAAUUUCAGUACUUUAGCAUAAUGUUUCUUACAGGUUUCCUCAUGGUUCUAUUUAAAGUCACGUUCUCAAAUUGUUCCAAGAACAUGAAGAAAACUGUCCAUAAAAAAACACACCAAAAUAAACAUUUGAUGCUGAGAACAUACACAUUCCAUUCUCAGCCUCAACAAAACUCUCUCUAUCCACUAUCCUGUUAAGUGUGUUCAGGUGUGUUGGCUGUGCCCACUAAUUGGCCACACCUGAUCUUAUUGAGUGCUUUUUUCCCUUUGAAAUGAGGUCUGUUUGAACAGACUAAAAUAAACAGCCUCGUAUGCAUAAAAAACUACGCAUGCUAGCUCCAUCCUGGUGGCGCAGUAGACUAAUUCAAUGAAUAGAGAAGAGAAUAUUAUAGGUUUGAAUCUCACUAAAUAAAACAAAUCUAUAAUAA